AACCAGCUCAGCUCAGCGUCAGGACAGGGCCCAAUUUCAUGGCUUAGCUUACCGUAAAGGUUUAAGAGUAACAACCUUGAUUCCGUUAGUCCUGAAGGAGUGCCAGAUCACAGUACCACUCAUGUCUGACAGUGAUGCCAGUGCGUUCUCGGACGGCGAUAGCGAUGGGAGCUACCAAGCCAAGAGUGAUGGAGAGGUUUUCUUGAAACCCCAAAAACUCCCCCAGGAUGAAAGCCCAGUAGGGAGUGAAGCAGAAGAAGCUCCCAGUGAUGAGGGCAGCGAGGCGGGGAGCGUCGUCGGGGGCAAUGAAGAGGAAGAAGAAGAAGGAGAGGACUUAAUGCCCGAAGAGGACGAAGAAUACGAUUCUGAAGAGGAUGAUCCCGUGGCCAAUCGGAAGAAGGCCAGAUUCAGGGAGUUCAUCUUGGACGAGGCCGAUGUUGACAAUGACUACGAGGAUGAUGAAGAAGGUGAUUGGGAGGAAGGGGCUAAGGAUCUGAUCGAUAUGAAGAGUAAUCGAGUAGAGCAGGAUGAGACAGAGAGACACGGAGCUAGGAGGCUGCAACAGCUACUCAGUCACCAAAAGGAAGACGAAAUUGCUGAGUACUACAAACGCAAAUAUGCUGAGACAUCAGCAAGGAGCUAUGCUGAUGAAGACGAGGUACCAGACCAGAUCACACAACAGGGACUUCUACCCGGAGUGAAGGAUCCCAAUCUGUGGAUGGUGAAGUGUAAGAUCGGAGAAGAGAAGGCGACUGCCUUCCAGAUGAUGAGGAAAUUUAUUGCCUACCAGUACCAGGAUGAGCCGUUGCAGAUCAAGUCUGUCGUGGCAGUAGAAGGCCUAAAGGGCUACCUUUACAUAGAGUCCUUCAAGCAGACUCACGUUAAGCACGCCAUCCAGGGUGUUGGCAACCUCCGCAUCGGGCUCUGGAACCAACUCAUGGUCCCCAUCAAGGAGAUGACAGAUGUCCUGAAGGUCGUCAAGGAGAUUGUAGCGCUCAAACCUAAAUCAUGGGUGCGACUCAAGAGAGGGGUCUUCAAAGAUGACCUCGCCCAGGUGGACUACGUGGAGACGUCUCAGAACCAGGUCACCCUCAAGCUCCUCCCACGUAUAGACUACACGAGGAUGCGUGGCACCAUACGCGCACCGAACACCGAGAAGCGCAAGAAGAAACGAAGACCUGUUCAAAAGCUCUUUGACGAGGACGGGGUCAGAGCGAUCGGUGGAGACGUUUCCAAAGACGGUGACUUUCUAAUCUUUGAGGGCAAUCGUUUCAGUCACAAAGGAUUUCUGUAUAAGACGUUUGCCAUGAGUGCCAUAGUUGCUGAAGGAAUCAAACCAACUUUAACGGAGCUGGAAAGAUUUGAAGAUAGACCCGAAGGAAUUGACGUUCAGUUGGUUGCGGACAGCAAGAACAGUCAAGAGCAGGUUCAUAACUUCGCUGCCGGAGACAACGUAGAGGUCAUCGAGGGUGAUCUCAUUCACCUCCAGGGGAGGGUCAUCUCAGCAGAGGGGAACACUAUAUCUGUACUGCCUAAACAUGAAGAUCUAAAGGAUAUAUUGGAGUUCCCAGCCCAUGAAUUAAGGAAACAUUUCAAGAUCGGUGAUCACGUCAAGGUUAUCGCUGGUCGAUACGAAGGAGAUACUGGACUAGUGGUUAGAGUCGAGGAGAAUCUGGCUGUACUCUUCUCAGAUCUCACCAUGCAUGAGAUGAAAGUAUUACCUAAGGACAUGCAGCUCUGUCAAGAGAUGAGUUCAGGAGUGGAUACAAUGGGACAGUUCCAGCUCGGCGAUCUUGUGCAGCUUGAUCCACAGACUGUCGGCGUGAUUGUACGACUGGAGAAAGAAACAUUCCAAGUACUCAAUAUGAAUAAUAAGUUGGUGCACGUCAAAUCGGCGGCAAUCACAAGGAAGAAGGAUUCUCGUAAUGCUAUAGCCCUGGAUGCCGAACAGAAUAAUAUACAAGUCAAAGACAUCGUUAAGGUCAUCGAUGGGCCUCACUCGGGUCGUCAGGGCGAGGUGCGUCACAUCUACCGCAGCUUCGCGUUCCUUCACUCUCGUCUGAUGACGGAUAACGGAGGUAUCUUCGUCUGUCGAACGAGACACAUCGUGCUGGCUGGAGGGUCGAGGCAAUUGGAUGCUGGUUUAGGUACUGGAUACAGUCCCAUGUCACCAAGGAUCUCUAGUCCAGCUCAUCCUAGCAGUGGAGCACAAGCUGGAGGAGGCUCGAUGGGUCGCGGAAGGGGGCGUAUGAGCAGAGAUAUGGAGCUGAUUGGUCAGACUGUUCGAAUAUCACAAGGACCCUACAAAGGUCACAUUGGAAUUGUGAAAGACGCCACUGAAUCUACCGCUAGAGUAGAGCUCCAUGCUAUGUUUAGGACCAUCAGUGUCGAUAAAAAUAGACUCAACAAAGUAGGAGGACAAAUCAGGACUGGUGCUACCACAGCGUAUGGCCGAACCCCAAUGUAUGGUUCCCAGACUCCCAUGUAUGGCAGUUCAGGUUCCAAGACUCCGGUGUAUGGGUCACAGACUCCUCUGCAUGAUGGUAGUAGGACUCCACAUUACGGCUCGCAGACCCCAUUGCAUGAUGGGAGUCAGACACCAGGACGGUCCGGAGCGUGGGAUCCAACGGUUACCAACACACCUAGCAGAUCCAGUGAUUAUGACUUCAGCUAUGAUGAAGCGUCCCCAUCCCCCCAGCCCUACGGUACUACCCCCAACCCCGCUACCCCAGGCUAUGGGUCUGAGACACCCCCUAGUAACGGUCCUUACACCCCUGCUACUCCAGGCAGCUCCUCAGGGAUGUAUGGAAGUGAAUCUACGUACUCUCCUUAUCAACCUACUCCAUCACCGGGAAACUAUCAACCGACACCCAGUCCAUCCUCAAGCUCCUUCCAGCAGGCCCCUAGUCCAGGCAGUUACCAACCCACCCCAUCCCCAGGUAGCUACCAACCCACUCCGUCCCCUUCUAGCUACCAAGCCACCCCUAGCCCUGUGGGGUUCCCCAUGACGCCCGGUGCACCCUCCCCGCUUGGUUUCAACCCCCAGACUCCUGGGGGUAUCGGAGGUACGGACUCCGGCCUGACUGAGUGGCAGUCCACGGACAUCGAAGUGAAAAUCAUGUCUCAUGAGGACAAAGCACUGGUGCAGAAGACGGCCGUCAUUCGGAGUAUCACAGGGAGAAUGUGUUCCGUUUUCCUCCCGGAUGAGGAACGUGUCGUCAAUGUUCCCAGUCAAGACCUCAAGGCCAUCACACCAUCUAAGAUGGACAGAGUGAAAGUGAUCGAUGGUGAGAACCGAGACCAUACAGGAGUUUUGAUCAGUAUCGACGGAGACGACGGAAUAGUCAAGAUGGAUGCAGGGGUGGGGCAACAUGCAGACUUCAAGAUUCUAAAUCUACCGUUACUUGCUAAGCUACAUAAAGAAUAAAAGGUUAACUGCAAAAGUCGGUGCAAAAGCGUAGUGACAACAAAAGGUAUUUCAAGGAAAAAAGUACGCACCGAGAUAUGAUGUUUUUGUCAGUGAGCAUUUUUGUACGAUAUACAAUUUUUUUUUUUCAAAUUUCAAAAUACAAUGUUUUUGCACUGAGCACUGUCUUGGCGGGACGGCCCAACAACCUGACUUCAAGAUUCAUCAUUUACUGUCGCUCGCUGAACUGCAUAAAUAAACACUUAGCUUCAUCAGUGCAAAAGCGUUGUUUCCCCAAAAA